UUUUCACUUAAACGCAGCGUUACAUUUAUGCUAUCCCACAAUGCCCCGCGGCGUCGCGGACGUUUCCAUAGUGACGAGAAUGACAACCGGCUAAUGUCAACAGCUUGAAAAGAAACCGUUUAAUGGGCUCGAGGGAUGUCUGCCGAAGACGAGGAGCACUUGGCCGCCCUGCUCAAGAACUUCCUGAGGGCUGUCGACCAGCGGUUCUGCGGCGCUCCUUCGCCCCAAAGCGCCCAGGAGAUCCUUCUUCGCUUGGAGGAGACCGACAACGACUUCCACAACUAUGAGUUCAUCAAGUACCUGCGCCAGCGAUUGGAGACCGCCCUGGGUGCCGUGGUGGACCAGGAGAUCGGGAAGGUGUCGCGGGAAGACGGCCAACACGCCGUCGGCUCGGGUCACGACGCCCUCGUCCACGCGGCGACCGGCCGCAGCCGAGCGUCGGCACAGUACCAAAACACGACGCAGACUUUGAAAAGCGCCGUGAGCGCGGCGGCGGAGUGCUUAGUCGGCACGUUUGAGGAAGACCAGUCCAAGAAAGACGAGGAGACGCGGCUCGGCCGCGACGCCGACGACUGCUCUGACAGCGACUCCUCUUUCAAUCAGAGUUACGCCUUCAUCCGACAGGAGCAACUGCAGACUUUGGCUGAGAAACUGGACUCAAGUCACCCCAAAGAGGUGCGCAGGGACGCCGUGCAGGUGCUCGGUCGCGCGCCGCCGUCUGACGUGGUGAGUUGCGAGGCUUGGACCCGCCUACGCCAGAACCUGUGCUCCGCUCUGACCGACCCCGAGCUCAGUGACCACGUUCUUCAGUUCUUCGCGAAGAGCUUCUCCUCGCUGCCCCUGAGCAUCACCCGGGAGAUCCACACCAGCCUCGCUAAAAGUGUGGAGUCCACUUUUCUGUCCCUCAAGUUGCGCUUUCCCAGCGGCGCCGGCGGCUUAGACGUCAACAGGCCUGAGAUCAGUUCGCUCCUCAAACAGAUGCGUCUGAUGAACGACUUUCAAAAAGAGGUGACCGCCUUCUGGAUCCGCCACCCAGAGAAGUACAUGGAAGAAAUCAUAGAGAGCACCUUCUCCCUCCUUUCUCUCCAUCGCGACUCACCGGAGAAAUUCUUGGAGCCCACUCACCUGCUGGCCCUGCUGGACGUCCGAGCCGCGUGGUUCACAAAAUGGAUGCACGGCUCCUACAGCAGGACGGCGGUCCUCCGGCUCCUCGAGAGCCAGUACAAGAGUCUGGUGGAGGCCGCGCUGCAGCAGUGCGUCGUCUACCAGGAGCGCAUCCAGCGUUGCGCUCGCGUCCACUCGGAGGAGCAGCACAGCUCAGGCACGGACGUGAGCAGCGUUUAUAGCGCUAAGGAGCUGCAGUACGCGCUGGUCGUGCAUUCGCUGUGCGUCCUGGGCAAAGUCGUCCUCUACGCCAACGGCAGGAAGCUCUUUCCCAUCCAAGUGGCUGCGCGCAAAGAUCCAGUCGGCCUGACGGACUUCGUGGUGAUUCUCAUAAAGGUCAUGUGGCAACACCCGCAGCCGUUUGGCAACGAUAGCCGACACGCAGACGCGCUGUGCCCCAGCGGCCUGGUGAUGGCGACGCUGGGCGCCAUGUGCGAGAGGACGGCGUGCGCCGACCAGUGUCUCCGCCAGACGCCCGUCGUUCAGACUCUGAUGGCGCCCGUCACGCAGGCGCUCGCCGGAGGCCAGAGCAAAGUCGAGUGUCCCGCAGCCACACUCCCUCUGAUCGCGGACGUCCUGGCUCGACUGGUCAACACCGACGGAGGGUUAGCUCUCUUUCUGUACGAGAAGAGCCUCCUCGUAGGCCACGGCCAGAGGCGCACGCCGGCUCACGUGCUGCUCAGCUUCACCACGAAGCUGCUGGAUGGUGAGACGGUUCCGGGCGAAGGGGAAGGGGACUGCCCUCCUCGUGCUCUGUGCGGGGCCUUCGUCUUUGUUUGCAGGCAGAUGUACAACACCUGCGAGGGCCUGCGGGUGCUGCGAGCGUACGGCCUGCACAAAGCCGUCGCUGCCGCCUGGAGAAAGACCGGUUCCUUGUCUGAAAGGAUUCCGACCCCGAUGGCUGGAAACAACCCUGCGACCUCUGCGCAGGAAUCGCAAGAGAUGCGAAUGUGGGAGGAAACAUUGCUGGACAGCCUGCUGAACUUUGCAGCCACGCCCAAAGGCGUUUUGAUGCUUCAGCAGACGGGAGCCAUGCAGGAGUGCGUCUCACACAUGUUCUCUCGUUUUAGCAAAAAAAUGCAGGUGAGCCGUUGUGAGAAGUUCGGCUACGGCGUCAUGGUGACGCAGUUGGCGGCCACGGCGGCAGGCGCGACAGCUCUGCAGCGUUCGGGCUUUGUGCGGGCCCUGGUUCUGGAGCUUUGGUCAUUGCUGGAAUGCGGCAGCGAGGAUGUCAGGGCGGUUCGACCCAAUCCCACACCCGUGGAUCCCAUUGACAGGAGCUGCCUGAAGUCCUUCCUGUCCCUGGUCAACUUGCUCUCGUCCUCGCAGUCCGCGUGGCAGCUGCUGGCUGGACAACCUUUGGCCAACAAAAGUGAAUACACACUGAGGGAAGUGCCAACCUCAGUGCCCGACUUGAUUGACAGGCUGAUUGCCGUGAAUUCCGCCGCCAAGAUCGGCGCCCUCUUCCACUACGAGCAGUCGCACACGUUCGGCCUGAGGUUGCUCAGCGUGCUGUGCUCCAGUCUGGACUGCUUCCUGCUGCUGGAGAGCCAAUACAGCAUCUGCUCCAUGCUGCUGCAAAGCCAGAGGGACAACAUGGCCGACGAGGACCCCGGCGAAGGGAACUUCAUCAUAGACAACGUGUCGGUGGAGAGGAACCACGCGCUGGUCCGCGUUGGCGUCGUCGGAGGCCCCUCCGAGAGAAGACUCCCCCCGCGAGCCUUGCAGGAGGGAGAAGAUCCUUAUCCGUGGCCCAUGUUUUCAUCCUUCCCUCCCCCCACCUGCUACACUUUGGACCCAGCCAGACCCCAACAGAACCCGCUGGAACCUGAGCUGACGGACUUCCUGACGUCGCCUCGAUCUGCAAAGACGGGAGAGAGCUGGAUGGAAACGUGCCGCCGCCUUUACCGCCAAGCUGUGACUGCCGGGCACCACAGCUUGAGCACCACAGAAACAAAUGCAACUGUUGACCCAGUCGCUCGAAGACGAAAUCCACGAUUUUCUUUUGCUCCGACCUUGAACGUUGAGUCUCGAUCGUUUGAAGAUGAUGGAUUGAGAUUUGCCAUCACAGAUCAUGCAACGUUGGCUGACCUUCUGGAGAAGGUUGUGUUCCAUCUGUCCAAAUGCUCCACGGCGCGCUUCUUCACCCCGCCCGACGACAACAAAGAACCGGAGACGGACGUGGACUGCGUGGCGUUGACGCCUGUGGAAAUUCUCGGCAUGGACGUCUGUCUGAGAUACGGCAUCUCCCGCAAACUCCUCCGCCAAGACGAUCCGGCUAGCCACCUGACGCUCCUCAUGAAGCACGUCAAGAAUUUCCUGUCCCGGCGGCGGAUUCCAAUGUCCUCGCCACUCCUCAUCAUCAGUCAGGACGAAUAUCCCGGCUACGAUUGGUUGGCGUCGACGGUCUUCCUCAUGAUGUCGGGAGACUGGCGGCGGUCUUUGAGGGUGUUGCGCAAUCUCUCCUCGCUGCUCACUUCUGCCCUCGUGUGGCCGGCCAGCAUAUAUGCCUCCGCGGACCUUCCGGCGCGGGUGGACGAGUCGGGAAUGUCGCCGCUGUACUGGAGCUCGGCCCACCACGUGGAGAUGCUGCUGAAGGCCGAACUCCAACUGGUGCACGCCGCCUUCCGGAUGUCCGGUUUCACUCCGUCGCAGAUGUGCGUCCACUGGCUGACUCAGUGCUUCUGGAACUUUCUGGACUGGCCCGAGAUCUGCCACUACGUGUGCCUCUGCGCGCUGAUGGGAGCCGACUACCAGGUGUACGCGUGCCUGGCCGUCCUCAAGCAUCUGCAGCCGCAACUGCUGCAGCAAACGCAAGCCCACCAGAUGCAGGUUUUCCUCAAGGAGGAACCCAUCCGGGGCUUCAGGUUCUGCGACUACAUGGACUUCAUGGAGCUCCUGGAAAGACGCUACCGGGACCUCGUGCUGGGAGACGUGGAAAACAUCCGCAACCCAGACCAGUAAACGCGCAGAGGAGAAGGCUCACCAAGUCGGCAGCGUACGAGAGAGCCGCCGGGCCAAUCUUUGGAGGUACAAUAGCGCCCCGUGAGUUGGUGGUUCGGCGCCUUGCUCGAGGGAAGGAAGCCCGUCGGGAUUACUCCUGGGCCUGCCCUUCGGUACCUGAACCAAGUCACUCAACUACCUGAAGACAUUCAGCGACCUCCAAUCACGUUCAGCCCGCUUGAGCUCUUGAGCCGCGCCGACGGCGGCGGCGGCUGUCGGUGUCGGAUUUCCUUAAACCACAUCGACGCUGUCGGGCAGAAUCCUCGCAUCUUCAACUUUCGGUGGGGGAAAAAAAAAAAAAAAAACCCAGCAUCUCGCUCGAUUUACAAAACAUGUAUCACGAGUGAGGAGGGAAGAGGCGGAUUUCUGCUCAGACGGUUGAGCGUUCACGAGCCCUCUUCAAUAUUUUUAAUUGGUCGAUGCGUCAAAAUAGCGGAAGACACGGCGACAAAACCGACAGUAUCUUGUUUGGGGAAAAAGAAUUUGGGGCCGCGGGGUUUUCCGCCCGACCUUUGGGGGUGUCACCCCAAUGACAACCGACCCGCAAAAGACUACCAAGCGUCCUUGAACCUUUUGAUGGAAGCGCAUCGUCACCGAGCGACUUCUUUGCGGCGGUGGCGCAUUCAUGCCAGCCCACGUAGGACGUGGAGGAGGCCCGUCAUGAAAGAUGCAUGAGGACGCUUGCGUCACGCCGGUAAAGCCUCAUCGGUAACCACGACGGCCCCUUCGACCAGAUGAUGUCUGCCGCGGCCAAAACAGCCGGGCCGGAAUCCCAAUUGAGCGGCAGAACCGAACAUGAGGACUUCCCAACGAGCGGUGUGCUUAUUAUCAUUUUUGGUGCGAUGAUGUUGUUAUUAUGUGCAAAUUUCACAAAUGUUACACUUUUUUUUUUUUUUUUCCUCGAGAGGACCAAAAGCGAGAACGCGGCACCUCGUUGGAUCGGCCGUGCUAGCGACUAAUCGUAGCCAGACGGGAAGAAGUGCUGGCAAUAACGUCGUGAUGGUGUGUAAACGCUGUAGAAAUAUCGACAAAGUGAGAUGACGUCACAUUUGAUGAUGACAAUACUGAAAGAUACGCUUGCGAAAUUGCAGUUCAAAUGCGUACGUGCUUCACACUUCCGAAAUACAGUUGGGCCUUGAGAUAAAAAACAAACCCCCCCCCCAAAAAAAAAUACAAUUUCGAACAAGGGAAAUAGAACUCUCUAAUUAUGUACACAUUAUAAAACUUUGUAACAGGAAAAUGAAAUAGAAUGGAAAAAAACAAAAAAUCACGAGAAAAUCAUUGCGUCUGCUCCUGCUAUUUCUUAGCGUGUCAGCGGCGUCGUUUGUUAGCAUCGAGCUAAAAGGCUGCAAGUUGAGUCGCUCCUAUCUCAAGGCAACACUUGCUGUACUGUACUCUAUUUAUCCAUCCAUUUUCUGAGUCGCUUAUCCUUACAAGGGUCGUGGGGAGCGCAGGAGCCCAUCCCAGCUGUCGACAGGCAGGAAGCGGGGUACACCGUGAGCUGGUCGCUAGCCAAUCGCGGGGCACAAACAGCUGCACUCACAAUCACACCAAGGGGCAAUUUAAAGUGUUCAAUUAAUGUUGCAUGUUUUUUGGGGAAACCGGAGUGCCCGGAGAAAAGCCACGCGGGCACGGGGAGAACAUGCAAACUCCACACAGGGAGGGCCGGGGUUAAAAAAAUUAAAAAUAGAACCAACAACCUGAAACUCAGCAUGCAAAUGUCAGACGUGCGUGCAAAAUCAAUCAUUUUGCAAGCGCGUCGUCAGCCUGACUGGAAGGUGGCCGCUAAUGGCUUGACAAGUGAGCAAAAAAAAAAAAAAAAAAAAAAAAA